AUUCGCGCGUUUCAUCAUUUUGGUAUGCAUUGAAGCCAGGGGCUUGUUUGCGUUUGGUUCAACAAAGUUUUUGAAAAAAAGAAGUGAAAAAUGCUGGAAUUGAGUGAUUUAUUUUGGUUAAUAAUUUGGUUACCUGCCUUAAUAUUUAUUUAUAGCGUGGCUAUUAUGAUAAGGGUCGAAGUAAGUUUAAGAAAAUUUCAGUACGUUCCUGGACAACCGAUUAUUGAAAAUUAUCAUUUAUUAUCUAACUUAAAAGAUUUAUUGAAAUCGCUUCUUAAAAUUAAAGAGGAGUAUGGAAAGACUUUUAAGUUAAAUAUUUUUUCGGGGUUGUCGUGUAUUAUGACAACGGAUUUAAAACUUAUUGAAUACAUUUUGGGUACUACGCAGAUUUUAGAUAAAUCGAUAAGCUAUAAUUUUUUGAAUAGAUGGUUAGGAACUGGUCUUUUAACCAGUCCAGCUGAAAAAUGGAGAAAAACUCGCAAAAUCCUCACGCCAGCUUUUCAUUUCCAAAUCCUCGACCAUUACAUCGAAACGUUUCACUCAGCGUCGACGAUAUUAGUUGAAAAAUUCCAAAAUCUCGUCAAUAAAGGACCCGUAGACAUUUAUCCUUACGUCACGUUAUGCACUUUGGAUAUCAUAUGCGAAAGCGCGAUGGGCACGAAAGUACACGCCCAAGAAAAUUCGGAGUCCGAAUAUGUAAACGCGGUUAGAGAAUUGUGUAGAAUCUUUAUGGAACGGAAUACGAAACCGAUUAAAACGUUUUUACCGACGUACAUUUUUACCAAAGAUUUUCAAAAGGAAUUGAAAGCUUUGAAGAUUUUACACGGGUUUACUCGUUCAGUUAUAAAAAGUCGAAAAGAGGAAUUAAAACAAAAAGGAAAUGAUGAGGGUGGAAAGAAGCGGUUGGCCUUUUUAGAUUUGGUUUUGCAAGCGAAAAUUGAUGGGAGAGAUAUGAGUGAUGAAGAGAUUCGGCAGGAAGUUGAUACUUUUAUGUUUGAGGGGCAUGAUACUACAGCUUCAGCGAUUAGUUUUAUUCUUUAUUGUGUUUCUAAACACCCAGAUGUUCAAGAUAAAAUUAUUGAGGAAUUAAAUGACAUUUUUGGGAAAGAUAAAGAUUCCGCAGCCGGUAUGAAACAAUUAAACGAAAUGAAGUAUUUAGAAAGAGUUAUUAAAGAAUCAUUAAGGAUUUAUCCAUCAACACCAUUUUUUGGGAGAGCUCCUCAAAAGGAUACUAAAUAUUAUGGGGGUUUCUUUGCAAUGUACACCCAAUUGGUUGUUUUUGCUUAUGGAGUUCAUCACGAUCCAAACAUUUACCCAGACCCAGAAAAAUUCGAUCCAGAUCGAUUUUUACCCGAAAAUAUCUCUAAAAGACAUCCUUAUAGCUUUUUGGCUUUUAGUGCUGGACCAAGAAAUUGCAUCGGGCAAAGAUUUGCCAUGUUAGAGAUGAAAUCAACAGUUUCUCACGUUUUAAGGAAUUUCUCGUUAAAACCCGUCCAUGGAUAUGAACCCCAUUGCGUUCCAUUGGCUGUUAUGAAAUCGAUAAAUGGAAUUCGAGUUCAAUUUGAAGAAAGAAAUGUUUUAAAAAACGUUAUGAAGUUUAAACAAAGAUAUGGCGAUAUCUUCAAAAUAAACAUAACAAUAGGAAUGCCAGCUUUGGUAAUUUCGGAUUUGAAGAUUUUAGAAUUUCUUUUAGGGACAACGCAAAUUUUAGAAAAAAGUUAUACAUACAGUUUCUUAGAGAAGUGGUUAGGACACGGUUUAUUAACUAGCCCACCCGAAAAAUGGAGAAAAACGCGCAAAAUCCUCACCCCAGCUUUUCAUUUCCAAAUUUUAGAGCAAUACGUAGAAUCGUUUCACUCCACCACAUCCAUUUUAAUCAACAAAUUAAAAUCAUCAAUUUCAAAAGACCCAAAAACUCCAAUCGAUAUUUAUCCUUACAUAACCCUUUGCACUUUAGACAUAAUUUGCGAAACGGCCAUGGGCACCAAAAUAAACGCCCAAGAAAACACUCAAUCAGAAUACGUAAAGGGCGUAAAAGAAUUAUGUAGAAUUACCGUAGAAAGGACGGUUAAUCCAAUGACGAUGUUUCCAAUCACUUACAUGUUCACAAAAGAUUAUCGCAUCGAAAGACAUUAUUUAAAAAUUUUACACAACCAUACAAACUCGGUUAUUAAAAGGAGAAGAGAAGAAUUAAUUAAAAACGAUCACCCAAAACAGAAACGAUUAGCGUUUCUAGAUUUACUCCUACAAAGUACUUUAGAUGGUAAACCAAUGACUGAUGAAGAAAUUCGAGAAGAAGUUGAUACAUUUAUGUUUGCAGGCCAUGACACAACAGCUUCUGGAAUUAGCUUCAUUCUUUAUUGCAUCUCAAAAUACGCUGAUGUUCAACAAAAAGUGUGUGAUGAAAUCGAAGAAAUUUUAGGAAAUGAUAAAAAUUUUAUCCCCACAAUCAAACAAUUAAACGAAAUGAAAUAUCUAGAAAUGGUUAUUAAAGAAUCAUUGAGGUUGUUCCCUCCAGUUCCCAUUUUUGCAAGAAGUCCUUUAAAUGAUACUUCACAUCCCAGUGGAUUAUUUCCAACUUGGUCCCAACUUUUAGUAUUUGUUUACGGGGUUCAUAGGGACCCCAAAAAUUAUGAUGAUCCAGAAACUUUUGAUCCAGAUAGGUUUUUACCUGAAAAUCAAUCAAAAAGGCAUCCAUAUAGUUAUUUAACUUUUAGUGCUGGACCAAGAAACUGCAUAGAUAUAUUAAGAGUCGGUUAUUUAAAAAAAAAUCACGGUACUCGAGAAAUCUUGGAAAUUUUAUUACAAAAAGAGGAGAUUUUAUGGUUAAUGGGGGCUAAAAAAAUUAGAGUCAUCUUUAAACGAUUUUGGGGCUGGUGGAACAUAUUUAAUCAUGUAACAAGCUUAUUAAUAAUCGAUUAUAAAUUAUCAGGAUUUAAUACCUUACCAGGAUCAAUGUAUGAUAAUUAUUUUAAAUUAACCGAUUUAAACAAUAUUUUAAAGACUUUAUUAGAAUUUAAAAGAAAAUAUGGUGACACGUUACGAAUUCGAAUCGCAGGAUUUCCUGCGAUUAUCACUAGUGACUUAAAGAUGUUGGAAUAUCUUUUAGGAACCACACAAAUUUUAGACAAAGCGAUUAUGUAUAUUUAUUUAAAUAAGUGGUUGGGAAACGGUCUUUUAACAAGCAAAACUGAUCAAUGGAAGAAAAUGAGAAAAAUCAUCACCCCAGCUUUUCAUUUUCAAAUUUUAGAACAUUACAUUGAAACGUUUCACUCAGCAAGCUCAGUUUUAAUUGAAAACUUAAAUAAACACGUUAAAAAAGGUGGAUUCGAUGUUUAUCCUUAUAUAACUCUUUGCACUCUUGAUAUAAUUUGCGAAAGCGCGAUGGGUACAAAAGUUAACGCCCAAACUAAUUCUGAAUCAUCUUAUGUAAAAGCUGUGAGGGAAAUGUGCCGAAUAGUGAUCGAUCGAACGUUAAAUCCGAUGAAAGCGUUUGAAUUUAUUUAUGUUUUCACCAAAGAUUAUCGAAAAGAAAAGAACGCUUUAAAGAUUCUUCAUGGGUACACCGAUACGUUAAUUAAAAGCAAAAAACAAGAAUUAUUAGCUAAUAUGGGUUGUAAUAAAAACGAUUUGGGAUCGAAUCGAAAAAGAUUGGCGUUUUUGGAUUUACUUUUACUAUCUCAAAUUGAUGGGAAACCUUUAACGGAUGAAGAAAUUCGUCAAGAAGUUGAUACUUUUAUGUUUGCUGGUCAUGAUACCACGGCUUCUGGAAUUAGUUUUAUCUUGUACUGUUUAUCUCAACAUCCUCAUGUUCAAGAAAAAGUUUUUGAAGAAAUCCAAGAAAUUUUUAAAAACGAUCAAACUAAACAACCUGGUUUAAAAGAAUUAAAUCAAAUGAGAUAUUUAGAAAUGGUUAUUAAAGAAACAUUAAGAUUGUUUCCCCCGGUUCCUUUUAUUGGGAGAUGCCCAUCAAUAAGCGAUAAAAAAUAUUAUGGUGGUGAACUUCCACAAUACUCCCAAUUAGUUCUUUUCACUUACGGAGUCCACCGCGACCCCAACAUUUACGAAGAACCCGAAAAAUUUGAUCCAGAAAGAUUUUCACCUGACCAAUUAACCAAAAGACACGCUUAUAGCUAUUUGGCUUUUAGUGCUGGCCCAAGAAAUUGCAUCGGACAAAAAUUCGCCAUGUUAGAAAUGAAAUCGACGGUUUCUCAUAUUUUAAGAAAAUUUCUUAUUAAACCGGUUCAAGAUUUCGAACCGAAAUUACUCCCGGUGACGGUUUUAAAAUCGUUAAACGGAAUUCAAAUAGAACUCGAAGAAAGGAAGUAUUAAUUUUAAACU